GUGAGACAUCAUGUAAAAUUCCCAUUCCGAUGAACUCAAUUAACGCAUUUAAAAGGUACUUUAAGCGGGACAUGCAGUCUUCAGCAAACAAGGAAGAGGUUUUGGAGAAGCCUAAUAUUAAAAGUAAUACUAGUUUUGAGUCGUUUCCGCCAAGAUUUGAUGCUGCUGCAGAGAGAACAUUGACCUGUCCGACUUGUGGUGGGUCUGGCAAGCUUACGCAAGAACAUGAAAAUGACCUAGUUGCAUUGAUACCAGUCAGAGAUGAAAGAUURAAAUCAAGGAAAAAGGUGUACAUUUUUAUUGCAGUUUUAGUCGUUAUAUUAAUUGGUGGAGUAUUAUCAGCAGUUUUCUUAUUUCCAAGAGAUGUCCAUAUAAAACUGACAGAUUCUUCAGCGUUUAAUAUUACAUUAGCUCCUAAAAAUGGGACUAUUGCUACCAUGUAUCUUAAUAAUACAAUUCAAAUCAACAACAGUAACUACUUUGAUGUAACAUUGAAAAAAAUUUCUCAGCAAGUAACUUGGGGUGGGUCUAUUGUUGUGGCUGACACUGAAUAUGAACAGCAUUUGGUUGUUCCAGCCAAAUCAUCAAUAAAUCAUAAAUUUAUCAUCAAAUUAAUUUAUAAUGGAAAACAGACAUGUACAAAAAUGAAGAGAGCAUGUUGCUGGUUUGAUAUGUUGUUUGUUGUUGUGACACAGGGAACACUUGAUGGGUUGACCAAAUCACAAGAUGUUUCUAACAAAUCGUAUCAAUAUACAGAAUGCCUUGUAAAUGAUCCAGAUUGGUUUAAGAAAUGUAAUGACGUUUAAGUGAUUGUGCAAUGGCAGCCUUGGUUGCAGCCAUUUUCACAUUASAUUGUGAAUGUCAUAAUGUCUGCAAAUAAGGAGACUAGCAUCUUUGUUAAUAUAUGAGAUAAAAUCUAUUUUAAAUCUGUUUGAAUGUACCUAAAUGUGAGCUAAAACUCUUUUUAAAGAGUAAAUAUAUGUAUAGAUAAUAUGAUUUGUCAGUCAUUAUAAGAGCUGCUAUAUUCUAAUAUUUUGAAAAUAUAUCUACAAUUUAUUAUAAAACAUUUAUUAAAAGUCCUCUCUACAGUGUCAAUAACCUAUUUGUCUCCAGCAACUUUAGUGACAUUUUUUUUUUGACAUUAUUAAGAAGAAUUAUUAAUGACUUCUAGUAACAGUGUAAAUAACAUUAAUGAAUUAGGGAAUAACAGUUCAACAAGAUUUUUCAAAUUUGUAAAAACAACUAAAAUUAAAAAAAUAACCUUUGACUAAA